UGUGCUUCGUGGAUUAUCAAAAAGCCUUUGAUUGCGUAAAGUGGGUAAAACUUUGGCAAAUAUUGACUGAAGUAGGAGUUCCCAACCACCUAGUAUCGCUGAUUCGGAGUCUGUAUGAAUCGGGGUAUGGUACAGUCACCGCAGGAGGAGCUACAUCAAGUCAGUUUAAGUUCCGUAAAGGAGUUCGCCAGGGAUGCGUCAUCUCUCCUAUUUUAUUUAACAUAUAUGGAGAAUAUAUAAUGCGGAAAACACUGGAAAACUGGCGAGGCGGUACCAAGAUAAACGGAGUCAGAAUAUCUAAUCUCCGGUAUGCAGAUGAUACCACCCUCCUAGCAUCAUCGGAAACAGAAAUGGCGGAACUACUUAACCGUCUCGAGACGGUCAGUCUACAAAUGGGUCUUGCUAUCAACAAAUCCAAGACCAAACUCAUGGUGAUUGACCGGUUUGCAACUAUCCAACGUACCAACCUCCUACAAGAAUAUGAGACUGUGGAUCAAUUUCAGUACCUUGGAUCUACAAUCACGAACAAAGGCAGUAGUGAAUCUGAGAUUAGAAGGCGCAUUGGAAUGGCUAGGACAGCAAUGACCGAACUGAGUAAGGUGUGGAAAGACAGGAAUAUCACAAAUCGGACCAAAAUGCACCUCGUUCGCAUACUUGUCUUCCCCAUUGCCCUCUAUGGUGUAGAAACGUGGACAAUCAAGGCCGCCCUCAGGCAGAAAAUCGACGCCUUUGAAAUGUGGUGCUGGCGCAGAAUGCUGACGAUACCAUGGACAGCCUACCGCACAAACGUUUCUAUACUGAAAGAGCUAAAAAUAUAAAAAACUCAGCGCCUGUCCACAAUCUGCUUGCAAAGGAUCGCGAGAUAUUUUGGCCAUAUUGCUCGCAGAGAUGCCAAUAAUUUAGAGCGCCUGAUAGUGACCGGGAAAGUAGAAGGAAGGAGACCGAGAGGCCGAAGUCCCAUACGGUGGUCUGACCAAAUAACCAAAGAGCUGGAGAUGCCAAUGAAUGUUGCAAUGCAUCAAGCAACAGAACGCAAUAAAUGGCGACAUCUAGUGGACAAGAUCAGAAGGAGUCACGAUCCUCAGCAGUGAGGGAAACGACUA